AUGACUCAACAACAGAAUAAUGACAAUAACGGAGGAGCUAGGUCCCACGAGUCCGACGAUCCUCCUGCUCCAUCUGCAUGCGACCAAUGCCGGAAUCGUAAGGUUCGGUGCGAUCGACAACUGCCUCAAUGCUCUAGCUGCGAAAAAGCUGGCGUACUGUGUGAAUUUCCAACUCGCGGAAAGCGCGUGAAUCCGGUGAAACAAUUAGUUGAAGGAGUUUCAGGUCUUGCAGCUCGCCUAGACUCCAUCGACAGCACUAUCCGGAGUCUCGUCCAACAGAUUCCUACUCCCCAGCGACGUCCCUCAGAUGCGUCAAACCCGCCAUCGCGAUCGGAGACCUCAUCGACUCCGGAGGCUGCAUGUAAUGAUGUAGAUGAUAUCGACCUGAUUUUUUCAAGCGCCUUAGACGGGCAGGACUACUGGAGUCGCCAUGCCGAGCUCCACAAAUCCGGACCAGAUCAAGAACCCCAGACCAUAUCAGGAACUUCGAUUGGCAAUCGUGCCCUGCUUGAGAAGGUGCGACAGGCAGUCCAUAAUCUUCUAGAGGGAAAACGAUCCCGCAAACCGUCUCCGGACUCGUCAUCCAGUGACACCAACAAUGUGUCGACGAGUCCGAUGUUACUAGCAAAGGCCCAUCCAUCGACCCUUUCAGAACUGAAGGCUAUAUACGACACGUUCCCUACCUUUGAUGACGCGGGCGCGUUGAGCUUGCUUCCUGGCGGACAGUAUGUGUCGCUGCCACCGCAAUCUAUUCUAGAGACAUCUUUGCAACUGUUCCUCGAUAAAUUCAACGCUGUCACGCCUAUCUUUAACGAGACCUGCUUGCGUGAAGCAAUCAACGCGCGAUACGGCUCCAGGCCUUACUCCAAGACGGAUGAAGCGUAUAACUUGUGUUUUAACAAUAUUAUCGUGCUCUCUUCGGGAUUACGGGCUCGAUUGGCUCGACUGGAUAAAUCUUAUCCCAAGGGGAUGAAUGAGGAAUUACUCCCUGCUUUCCUGGCUAAUUCGUUUAGGGCAUUGCGCCAUCUGAAAUUCUUCCUCCAACCCCGUCAUGUCAAUUUACAAGCAUUAGCUACUUUAGCGUUGGUUGCUCGUGAAUAUCACGAGAGUUGCGUGUUUGAUAUGAUCUGCCACAUGGCUUGUGAUCUUUUCAAGGCCAUGGAUUCUGAGCAAUCCCCCAUUUCGAAAGCAGGUCAUCCCAGCUUUGAAGAGUGGAGAACGCUAUAUUGGACGCUCUUUGUCAUGGACAAACAACGAACCAGCGUCAAUGGUCUGCCUUUUGAUCUUUACUUUUACGACUCCGACCUGCCAUUGUCUCCUGAGGGAGGCACCAGGAGUCUCGGUCAGCAAAGCUGGAUGAUGCACAUAUAUAUCACCACCAUCUGGGAGGAGACAUACAUAUCUCUCUACUCAGCGCGGGCAGCGCGUAAGGGAUCCUCGUAUCGCGAAAGCCAAAUUACUCGGCUUGACAAGCUAGCUGAAAAAUGGCAUUCACGUACCCUGCAACUCUUCCCCGAAAGCACAACCGAUAAUGACAACAAUAACAAUCUAUUUGUCGAGGAUAAUUGGCAGGUUGAGCUCAAGUACGCCUAUCACAUUGGCCAAGUACUCAUUCACAGCCGUUCAGAUACGGCCAAUAGCAGGGAGAUCGAAUUGAGGAAUGCUAAGGCUGCAUUGCAGAUCAUCAACGGGGUGCUCAACCAAACACCAACGGAAGGAUCGUUAACUUUAUUGUGCCGAUUACUUCGCAGCUACCCUCUAAUUGCUGUUCACUCAAUCUGCAUGCGAUUCUUCGAGAAUCCGAGUAUUCAUAUGCUUGAAGAUCUAGAUCUGAUCGAUGGCGUACGCGAUGCCUUUAGAAUCCUGGUCGACCCAAACAUCCCCAUCUGCAGCACUGGGAAAACGUACAUGGGCAUCUCAUGGUGUUUGGAGGUCGCACAAGCCUUUCGAAAGAUUCUUUUCGAAGUAUCAACGCCCUGCUCCUCCUCCGAGCAUCAUCAACUGGGAGUAUCACGAAAACGGCCCCAGGACGGUUUGCCAUUACCCUCACAGCAUAAUCAGUCACCUCUUAAGAGGAUGAAGCUGUCGUUGACAGACAGUGGUCAAACGGAUUAUUCAAACCUGUCCGACUUUCCGGUUGACAAGAACCACUCGUCAGACCCACUAGAGAGGCACAACCUCAGUAUGAUGACGUCUACCGAAGAGUUAAUAAACCUAGGCCACCUUAUAAAUCAGCAACAGCAACAACAUCACAUCUUCCCCUCGGGACUCUCCGGUCUACCUCAUAUCGACUCUAGCAGCAACAGCACCGAGGAGCUUUCCCUAGUCACCGAUUCCAUUCCCACAUUAUCCUUAGAUACAAAACCAACGCCAAACUAUCCCACGACACUAUUUCCCUCACCACAACCACCUCAACGUCCUCCAGGCUCCGUACAACUUGAAGGCUCCCAUCAUCCUUCCACAACUACAGUUGCAGUAGCAGCUGCCGCUCCUAUGAUGUUCUACGCAGGUCCAGACGACCCUGCUUCCGACCUACACAACCAAAACUCCAUCAACAACGUUCUCGCCUGUGAUAAUUUCCUGCAGUUAGAAGAUCACGAUAUCGAAAAUCAUUAUAUGCCCGAUGAUAUUUCUAGAUGGUUAUUACAGCUUGCUCAUAGAGAAGACACUAAACUGAUGUUGAAUUAA